AUGUCGAAUUUCAGCGGCGAAGGAAGCGUGUCUAUCGACCAGGAUUUUUUCGAUAGUGGGUAUAGUUAUGGAGAACAGAAGGAUCCGCAGUAUGGUGGGUACAAUUAUGGCCAACAGUAUCCAGAUUACGGACAGACUACGCAACAAUAUCCCGCCUAUAGUUACCCUUCAGAAAACACGCAAGGUUUUUAUGAUCCGUCAAGUUCAUACGGAUAUGGUGGAAAUUAUCCCUACGAUUACGGUGCUUCAGGUCCUACAACUCUGGGUUCGGGUAUUGGAGGGGGUUAUGGUGUGCAAGGAUCCAUGAAACCUCGACAAACAAGCGAAGACUACACAAGUUUUGAGGAUGAACCUCCGCUGUUGGAAGGUACGUAACAACGUGGCAUGCAGGGGUCCUAGCGGAAAUUGCCCCCUACAUUGCUGUCGUUCACUUGUAUGGCUUUACUAGGUGUUUUAGAAACUUAGUUUGCUAAAGUUUAUUCUUGGAAUUGAUUGACAUCGACGAAUGAAAUAUUUCUCCCCUUUCUUGCAGAAUUAGGUAUCAAUUUUGAGCACAUUUGGCUUAAGGUAAGGUUAUAUUGGGCUUUGGAGAGUGGUUUCACGUUUGAGAACACAUCUUUCAUACAGAGAUGCCAACCUCGAGAGACCUAAAAUCGGGAGACUGUCUUUUUACACUACCCCCCCUGGAAUUUCAAAUUGACCCCAUUCAAAAAAUCCUAGUUUAAAAAUGUAGCCCCAAUGGGAAUGACUUAGGACAUUAUAUGACAUCUUACAUGAUGUACAUACUAUCAAAAUUCUAAAUCAUUGUUUUGAUGCUAGAAAUAAUCUCUGUCAAUGACUAAUUCCAGCUGUGGUUCUUGCCCCAAGAAACCGUCCCGCCAUUUUUGUUUUCAUAACCAAAAAACUCAAGUUUUGAGCUUAAAAUGGGCUAAAUCUCAAACUAACUCCGUUUUAUUUUUUUACUAAGUAUUCAAUAUUAUAGUGGACACAAAAACUGGUUAUUUAUGUAUUAUGCAGGAGAGCCAAUCAGAAUUGGGGAAAAAAGCGUAAGUCUCCCGCCAAAAGCGGGAGAGUUGGCAUCACUGUUCGUAUAAACUUACAUGUACCUACCCUUCUUAAUUGUAUAAUCAUGUUAUUGAUGUUUGAAACUUUUUAGAGAGAUGGUGGACAAAACACUGACCCCCUAGCUGUCCAAGGACUAUCCCCAUGGGUUACCCAUAUGGACUACCCUAAGAUAGACUAAGCUGAUGAAGUUUACCAAAGGAAACGGAAUGAAUCAGGUUCCAUUCAGGGUCAUUAGACUGGCAAAACUGACCUUAAACGUCAUUCACUCUGUUUCAAUUUCCUAAACCUAAUCACUAAACUUCAGCGGCAUAGUCCAUUUAUUUGAGGGUAGUCCAUGGACUUGUGAUCAGUGUUUUGUCCACCGCCGCCAAAUAAGGAAGUGCUCCCUUCCGCGGUAGAUAUAGCAUUUGCUGACAUGUACAUCUAAUCAAUGUCGUGAGUACAAUUCAGUGAUUUUGUAAUCUAAUUAUCUUGUUUUAGACAUUGUCUGUUUUAAAUCCACUGCAACACACAGAAGCGUCCAUUAUGGAUGAUACUGAUCUAGCUGGACCAUUGGUGUUUUGUUUGGCAUUUGGUGGAUUUCUUCUACUGGUUAGAGAGAGCAAUUCUUUUGCAUGAUAACAUAUAUGUUUGAAAUGUAAUUUAACGUCUGUUAGUAACGUCUGCAAUGCAGUGCCAAUAUCCUUGUUCUGGGCCCUCAACAGACUCAAUAAACUAUAUUACUGGAAAUGUGUUUGGAAUUUCCUUUCAUUUUGAUUGGCAAAUAGACAGUGGCUUUCAAAAAAAUCCAGUCAUGGCACACACUCAUAUUCAAGUACACAGGUGGGGCCCAGAACGAUGUUGCUUUGCAGAAGGACUUUACCAGGGGUUUAGUUUCAUCUGUGAGUCAGGCUACAUACUUCCUGACCUGAAGAUAUUUUACACUUCUUAGAGUAAAGGCAAAAAUUAAAAAUACCCACGCCACUACUGGAACAGUAGUUUACUUGAUACCAUGAAAUAUCAUGAAAAAAUCAUACAGCCAAGAAUUGCAAGAGGUUUGGCACUUAAAGGAGCAAUGUCAUAAGGAUAUUGCUGUUUCAUGUCAAUUCUGGACUGAAGUCAUUACUUAGAACCUUUGCCUAGAUACACAACCUGUUCCUGUUGAGUUAUGAAGAAGAUAUAGAGGUUAAAGAUAUUGGGGUCCCAUUGUAUUUAGAGAAUUAACACAAAGUGUAUAGGCCUUCUUAUUGCUAAGCCAUGGGAUAAUACCUCAUUCAUAUUCCCCUCCUGACACAGGUAAUGAGGAGAACCUAAAAAUGCUUAAUUAUUAUGCUGGGGGUGCUUUGAAGGGCAGUGGUGUCUUUUUUUCGUUGGGUAUUUCUGAUUUAGUCCUUGAUGAAAAAUUGACAUUACUUUUUUUUUUUCAGUCAGGAAAGGUUCAUGGUUUUGGCUACAUAUAUGGAGUUGGUCUUUUAGGUUGCCUUUCCAUGUAUGCUAUAUUAAAUCUCAUGAGUAUGACAGGAGUUUCUGUUGGCUGUGUGAUUAGUGUCCUUGGAUACUGUCUUUUACCCAUGGUUAUAUUGGCAGGCAUAUCUAUCCUCCUUUCAUUACAGUAAGUUACCACAACAUCACUUUACUUUUUAUUGGAAAAUUAUUACACUACUGGUAUUGGUCUUAGUAUUCUGUGGCAUUUUCACUGGUCGCACAAUGCUUGCACUGGGGAACACUACUUUUAGGAAAUUUUAGUGGCCUAGAUGUAAUUUGGGGGGUGGUUACUUUUGGAAUUAGUUUAAAGGAGAAUGAACAGGAAUUUUUGGGUUGUUCCAAGUUAACAUUUUUAAGAGCAACAGAACAUCAGGAAAUGUAUUCCAGUUUUUCUGAGCUGAAUGUUCCUAAAAGGAGAUUCAUAAUUCAAUUUCUCUUAAUUCACCUUUGACACUAGUUUCAGGCUGUUGCAACCAAUUUUCAGUAAAUGGGAUUGAUCUGUGCAAAUGGCAAAUGUGAUUCGACAAAGGAAUUUUUUCGAUGCCUUCAAAUUUUGUUUACCCUUUGCCCUAACCAUGAACUGACCGCUUUGUCCAUUCAAAUAUUUUUGUAAACAACCACGAUUAUCUUUUAGUUGUUUCUUCUUUUUCAUUAAUUCUGAAAGUGAACUGUAAACUCAUGUAAAUUUCUGUCAUUGUUGAUAUUGUUGGCAAUUAUUGAAGUUCAUGCAGUUGUCCAUCUGUAAUUGCUUCUGGUGCAGAAAUAGACCAGAAAAUAUAAGGGAAAAAGGGGGUCACUUAGAUCCCUAUUCCACUCGCUUCUUCAUUAUGCAAAAAUAUUUGUACGCUGAUCAAUCAAUCAGACCUGUCAACCUGAAAUUACGGAAAACCUGGAGGAGAUGGCUCAAAAACGUGAAAAUUCUGAUGGAAUAUUACUGUCAUCUAUUGCCCAGUAAAAGAUUUUUUUUAAUAGAGGAAAGUGUUCCUAGUGUCUACAACCAUUUUUCUGUUAAAGAGAACACUUGGUAUACAUCAAACUCUCAGUUUAUUUUCCAUUUUUCAGUACCGAGUAUGUAUUUUGGAAUUAAUAAUCAAUUAAUUUUAUCAUUCUUUUUAUUUAUUUUAAUUCAAAUGCUGACCAUGUCAGUUUGGUAAGAAAUCUUCCCAAAUCACCGUGACACCGGGGGAUUCACCUCAAAACCAGGAGUCCCCCAGAAGACCAAGGGGCUUGGUACGUCUGGUCUCUGACCAUUUCUGUUUGUUUAACAGGGGGAUUAUUGGGACAUUACUGACAGCCACAACUAUUGGAUGGUGCAGCCUAUCAGCUUCAAAGCUCUUUGUGACAGUAUUGGCCAUGGAUGCCCAACAACUUCUUGUUGCUUAUCCCUGUGCUCUCUUAUAUGGCGUUUUCGCCCUUCUCACUGUUUUCUAGCAGCAUUCACUCUUCUUGUUGACAGUGAAAUUCACUUAAUAAAUUAAUUUAUAAGAAGUGUUAAAUGCAUGAAUGUUAAAAAAAAAAACAUUAUUGGUGACCUUUAGAUUUGCGAUCCUGGGAUCAAUGUAAUAAAAUUUUUAAAGGCAUAAUUUACAAGACAGUGUAUUUUAGUCAAUACAAUUGUUUUAGGCAGAGUCUGAAAACAAAUUACAGGAAAGCCAGGUCAAGUGUAUGCCUAAAGAUUCCAUCAAAGAAUUUAUCAUCCAGCAGUAGUUGCUGCAACUAGUGUUAAAUUCCAAUCUGGACUCCUGCAUGCCUAAUGAGCGGUGAAUUUUCUAUAAUAAUUUCUCUGUAUUCAGUCAGAUUGAAGCAUCUUUGAAUGGACAAACUUGCUUCGAAGAGAUGUACAUCAAAUUGAAGACCACUGAGGUGGUAAAAAGUUCAUAACUACCUUGUGUGUGAACUCACCACUCAAAACGCAUGCAGGAAUGCAGAGAUGAUUCUGAAAUCUACAAGUUCCAACAGAUACAACUUUUGAAUAAUAAAUUCAUUUUAAUUAUUUAUAAAUAAUGGAAUCUUAGGGGGUACACUUGACUUUAGUACACUGAAAAUUUACACUUGUAAAAGUACUGUACUUGCAGUUUAAUCAAAGGGUCCCUACUGAACUGAAGGCAGUGACAUUGCUUACAUUACAAGUGAAAGGUUGAAAUAUAACUGGCGAUAUUCAAGACUGUCAGAGAUAAAAUCUGGCACUCUUAUGAGUUCGUUUAAGCAUAGAUUGGUUACGUAUCAGACUCACACUGUAAAUUAAAUAUAUUUAUGUGCAGCUAAGAAGGGUAGACAAUUAUUUGUAGAUUCUUUCAGAGGUUUAUUGAAUGGUUUGAACAAUAAUAAUCAUAAAUCCAGUGUUUGCUGGAAGUUUGCAAACGUUAUAUGGAGAAAUCUUUUAUGGUGAUUGUG